CUCUGCCAUCCCCCUCGUGCAGUCAUGCACACCCAGGUGGUCCAGGUGAAUGACUCCAUGUAUGGCUUCAUCGGCACAGACGUGGUGCUCCACUGCAGCUUCGCCAACCCACUGCCCAGUGUGAAGAUCACCCAGGUCACAUGGCAAAAGGCCACCAAUGGCUCCAAGCAGAACGUGGCCAUCUACAACCCUGUCAUGGGCGUCUCUGUGCUGACUCCUUACCGCGAGCGUGUGGAAUUCCUGCGGCGUUCCUUCACCGACGGCACCAUCCGCCUCUCCCGCCUAGAGCUGGAGGACGAGGGUGUCUACAUCUGCGAGUUCUCCACGUUCCCUACAGGCAAUCGUGAGAGCCAGCUCAAUCUCACUGUGAUGGCCAAACCCACCAACUGGAUAGAGGGCACCCAAGCAGUGCUUCGAGCCAAGAAGGGACAGGAUGACAAGGUCCUGGUGGCCACCUGCACCUCAGCCAAUGGCAAGCCUCCUAGCGUGGUAUCCUGGGAAACACGGCUAAAGGGCGAGGCAGAGUACCAGGAGAUCCGGAACCCCAAUGGCACAGUGACAGUCAUCAGCCGUUACCGCCUGGUGCCCAGCCGGGAAGCCCACCAGCAGUCCCUGGCCUGCAUCGUCAACUACCACAUGGACCGCUUCAAGGAAAGCCUCACCCUCAAUGUGCAGUACGAGCCCGAGGUGACCAUUGAGGGGUUUGAUGGCAACUGGUACCUGCAGCGGACAGAUGUGAAGCUCACGUGCAAAGCUGAUGCCAAUCCCCCAGCCACCGAGUACCACUGGACCACGCUGAAUGGCUCUCUCCCCAAGGGCGUGGAGGCCCAGAACAGAACCCUCUUCUUCAAGGGACCCAUCAACUAUAGCCUGGCAGGGACCUAUGUCUGUGAGGCCACCAACCCCAUCGGCACCCGCUCGGGCCAAGUGGAGGUCAAUAUCACAGAAUUCCCCUACACCCCGUCUCCUCCCGAGCAUGGGCGGCGCGCCGGGCCGGUGCCCACGGCCAUCAUUGGGGGCGUGGCGGGGAGCGUCCUGCUCGUGCUGAUUGUGGUCGGCGGGAUCGUGAUGGCCCUGCGCCGGCGCCGGCACACCUUCAAGGGGGACUACAGCACCAAGAAGCACGUGUACGGCAACGGCUACAGCAAGGCAGGCAUCCCCCAGCACCACCCGCCCAUGGCACAGAACCUGCAGUACCCCGACGACUCAGACGACGAGAAGAAGGCUGGCCCGCUGGGCGGGAGCAGCUACGAGGAGGAAGAGGAGGAGGAGGGCGGGGGGGGCGAGCGCAAGGGGGGCGGCCCACCCCCCCACCCCAAAUAUGACGAGGACGCCAAACGGCCCUACUUCACAGUGGAUGAGGCAGAAGCCCGUCAGGAUGGCUACGGGGACCGGACUCUGGGCUACCAGUACGACCCUGAGCAGCUGGACUUGGCUGAGAACAUGGUUUCUCAGAACGACGGGUCUUUCAUUUCCAAGAAGGAGUGGUAUGUGUAGCCCCCCUUCCAGAGCCUCUGUCUGUGCCCACUUCUCCCCAGCCCCGACCCGCACGCCCCCUGCCUGCCCCCCACCGCCCACUCCUCCAGGAGUGCAGCAGACUCGCCCAGCUGCCCAAAGCCAGCCCCAAACUCCUGGGGAGCCGGGGGAGCUCAGGACAGACACGACUUGGCUUCGUUUUUUAUCUCCUCCCUCCCCCCAGCCCUUCCCCAUGGUGUUGUGUUCGACUGUGGCUUUAGUGUUGCUGUAUCUUCCCCUUUCCAGCCCCACCCGCCUGCCCUCUGUGUAGGGAGCCCUGUUCUUGUCUUGUGUACCUGGGCAUCCCUCCAGGGUUUGGGGAGCCAGACCUCCCCCACCCCCCAACACUGGAAUUUCUUUGUGUUCUCUUCUUCGGGGGUGGGGGGCUUCAGGGGCUCCAAGAGGAAAAGCCUCAGCCCACCCCCAGAUGCUGCUCCUCUUCCCAGGGAGAGAGAACCCAGUGCCCCUCACCAUAAGCUGACGCAGCAGUGAGUUUAGACCCCUAGUCUAUACAGCCCAUGCACCCAGG